UCCGUAGUUUUACGUCAUCGAUCGGCGACGGAUGGGCGAACACACACGCUGAAGCGAAAUGUUGGCUAGUAAACAAAAACAAUAUCUAGCAUUAAUUUUAAUAAUGACUUGCCUGGAGAAGAAAAAGAAGAAAAAACGAAGGAAACGAGUGUGGAGCAGGUCGUGGCUUGGCAAAAGAGGUCGUUAUGGACUACCGAUUCUACAGGGUGAACUUGAGAGUGAAGAUGCGAGUGGUUUUAGAGGUCUUCUCCGCAUGAAUGUGCAGGAAUUUGAGCAUUUGCUGGAAUUGGUCUCUCCCCACAUAAACCGGACACACACACACCUCAGAAGAGCAAUCACUGCUAGGGAGAGGCUCUCUGUGACGCUUAGAUUUUUGGCCACAGGGGAAUCAUUUGCCUCCCUUAGCUUUCAGUACAAAAUUGGAAGAAGCACUGUCUCAGGUAUUAUUCAAGAGACAUGUGAGGCACUGUACCUUGUGCUUAAAGACAUUUACAUGAAGACUCCAGUGACAGAAGUUGAGUGGAGAGAGGUCGCUAAAGGAUUCCAGGAAAGGUGGCAAUUUCCACAUUGUCUCGGGGCAAUCGAUGGCAAACAUAUAACAAUCCUCCCCCCUGCAAACAGUGGGAGCACUUUUAGGAACUACAAACCUCACUUUUCUGUCUUGCUAAUGGCAGUUGCUGAUUCCAAGUACAGAUUUUUGUAUGCUCAUGUCGGAACUCAGGGUAGAGUUUCGGAUGGGGGCCACUUCGCCCACUCCGAUCUUCGAGAGGCAAUGGACAAAAACAUUCUAAAUAUACCUUCGGCUGAACCACUGCCAGGCACAAAUAUUGAGAUGCCUUAUAUGUUUGUUGCGGAUGAGGCUUUUCCUCUUCGCACUGACUUGAUGAACCCAUACCCUUCUCGACACCUUACUCACGACCAGCGUAUUUACAACUACAGGUUGUCACGAACAAGACGGGUCAUUGAAAAUGCCUUUGGAAUACUCGCGAACCGAUGGCGAGUUUUUCUCUCCACAAUUCACCUGGAUCCAGUGGCAAUAUCGAAGAUUACCAUGGCUUGUCUUGCCCUUCACAAUUAUAUGCAAGCACACGCUCCAGAUACAUACAUCCCUCAAGCACUUAUUGAUACAGAGGAUGCAGAACAUCAAAUUAUCCCUGGUGGGUGGCGGAAUGAUGCACCUCUCCCAUCUAAACCUGUAUCCCAUGCAAGAAAUGGCUCCACACCCGCUAAAGAUCAGAGGGAAAUUUUAAAAGCUUACUUUAUCUCACCUGCAGGGUCAGUCCCAUGGCAGGAACACAUGUUGUGAACAAUCCACACAAUUUGCUGAAACUAUUGAAUAUAAAGUUGCAUAGUUUGUAAUUUUGCCAGCAGCUUUAAAUGUUUUAUAUCUAGAUGAUGACAACCACAAUUCAAGUUUUUGUAUAACCCUAUGAUUUUACUGGUACUUUGUGUCUCAGUGCAGUUACUGUUGCUAAAAUGACAUGACAUAAAAUUAUUUUGUGAAACAG